CUCAUCUCCAACCCCGACUCCUCCCCACCUCCUCUCCUUCCAUCCCUCGCCGCCGGCCACCGAGAGCCCUCCCGUCCGUCGUCGUCGCGAUGGCCGCAGCCAACGGCACCGGCGCCGACCCCGUGCACGAGCCUCCCCACAAGGUCGCCAAGACGGCGCCGCUGCUCAAGGUCAAGAAGCUCUCCGACAAGGCCGUCCUGCCGUCCCGCGGCUCCGCCCUCGCCGCCGGCUACGACCUCUCCAGCGCGGUGGAGACGGUGGUGCCGGCGAGGGGCAAGGCGCUGGUGGCCACCGACCUGAGCAUCGCCGUCCCGGAGGGCACCUACGCGCGCAUCGCGCCGAGGUCGGGCCUGGCGCUCAAGCACUCCAUCGACGUGGGCGCCGGGGUGAUCGACGCCGACUACCGCGGCCCGGUCGGCGUCGUGCUCUUCAACCACUCGGAGGCGGACUUCGCGGUGAAGCCCGGCGACCGCGUCGCGCAGAUGAUCGUCCAGGUGAUCGCGACGCCGGAGGUCGCCGAGGUGGAGGACCUCGACGCCACCGUCCGCGGGGAGGGCGGGUUCGGCUCCACCGGCGUCUGAGCUCCGGUAGAUAGUUGCUCUGGAGAAGUGAUCCGUUGUUUAGGAUGGUGGUGGAACCCUAGGGUAGGUACCCGCCGUUCGAUGAUGGUUGUGCGUCUCAUAUCGUCGAAUUUGAUCUCGUGAUCUCUUCCAGUUUAGGUUAAAGUUCAUGUUGCAUCCAUGGCUAUUCCUGCUUGUUGCCAAUGAACUCCAUGAGAAUUUCCAGUCA